AUGAAAAGAUUCCACUCGAUUGUUGGUGAAAAGUCUGCCCACGAGACUGAGGGCACUUCAGUCGAUGACCCAAAUGUUUUGCAGACCAGAGCCGACGACAAGGAGGCUGCUCAUGUGCCCGUCAAUGAAGUGACCGGCAAUGAGGAGGCGAAGCCGAGUGACGAUGCCCAGUCUGGUGUCAAAAAGAUAGAGGCUGUGACCCUGGCCUGGACGAGGGGUACGGCGUUCGCAGUUUUAGUACUCAUUUGGUUCCUCACGCUGGUCAACGAUUUCAGAGCCUCCAUCGUUACAAGCUUGAGUGCUUAUGCCACGAGUUCUUUUCAAGGCCACUCGCUGUUGACCGUCAUCACCAUCGUGGCAUCUGUUAUGGGAGGUUCAGUGUACAUUCCUAUGGCCAAGGCGCUAGAUCUUUGGGGCCGUGCAGAGGGCUUCCUUCUGAUGACUUUCAUCUGUAUUCUGGGUUUGAUUCUUCUGGCUUCAUCCCAGAAUCUCCCCACCUACUGUGCUGGACAGGUAUUCUACACGGUCGGUUUUGGUGGUCUUUCCUACACCUGGGAUGUCCUUGCAACCGAUGUGACGAAUCUACGAAACCGAGGUCUGGCAUUUGCUUUCACCUCGUCCCCUGCUUUAAUCUCCGCGUUCGCUGGUUCCAAGGCUGCGUCGGAUCUCCUUGCCAAUUCCACUUGGCGAUGGGGCUAUGGCAUGUGGGCAAUUAUCUUGCCGGCUGUUGCUCUGCCAAUCUACGCGAUUUUGGCUUAUCACCUACGCCAAGCCGAGAAAAAGGGUAUUCUCGUCAAGGAGACGAAGAGUUGGAGUAUCACCCCGAAGACGAUUUGGUGGGCCAUUGUGGAAUUCGAUCUGCCCGGAGUUGUUCUGUUCGCUGGCGGCUUUGUCAUAUUCCUUCUCCCCUUUACGUUGGCGGCUAUGGCGCCCCAUGGUUAUCAGACCGGCUAUAUCAUUGCGAUGAUUACACUCGGUCUGGUGCUCAUCAUCGCUUUCGGCUUCUACGAAAUCUUUGUGGCGCCCGUGCCAUUUCUGAACUAUAAAUUCCUCACUGACCGGACCGUGCUGGGCGCAUGUCUGCUGGAUAUGACAUACCAGGUUUCGUACUUCUGCUAUGCCAGCUAUCUCCCGUCUUUCUUGCAAGUUGUGUACGAAUUGGACGUCGCCACGGCUGGAUAUGUGAGCAACACUUUCAGUGUGGUCUCCUUUGUCUUCCUGUUCCUCGCUGGGUGGCUGAUCCGCUGGACGGGUCGAUUCAAGUGGAUCCUUUGGAUCUGCGUCCCGCUCUAUAUCCUCGGCCUUGGUCUGAUGAUUCACUUCCGUCAACCAGGCGGAUACAUUGGGUACAUUGUGAUGUGCGAGGUUUUCUUCUCUGUCGCCGGAAGCGUCUUCAUUCUCUGCGUGCAACUGGCGGUCCUUGCCUCUGUUGACCACCAACACGUUGCCGCCGUGCUCGCUUUGCUGUUUGUUAUGGGCAGCAUCGGCGGCUCUAUUGGCAGCGCCAUCUGUGGAGCUAUCUGGACCAAGACUUUUCUUUCGAGACUUGAGAGAAACUUACCCGCGUCCGCCGUGCCCGACUUGGCCCUGAUCUACAGAUCGCUGCCCACCCAGCUCAGCUACCCAGUUGGAAGUGCUACACGGACCGCCAUUGUGGAGGCAUACGGUUAUGCCCAAGCAAGGAUGCUGAUUGCUGGUACCGCAUUCAUGGUUCUGGGCUUCAUUUGGGUUGGCAUGAUGAGAAACCUGAACGUGAAAAACAUGACCCAGACCAAGGGUAAUGUGCUGUAA